AACCUGGUGUCUGCAACCGUUUUGCAUUUCUCCAUGGCUUCGUUCACUUCUUCUCAAAAUAAUGACCUUGAUGAUGUCCCGCUGCCUGUAGAACUCCAGUCACUGUCUAUCAGACUAGAGGACAGCCCUGAAGCUCUUGCGACUGGAGACAAGGACCUUCAGGUCGCUGCUCUACAAGCAGCCAAAUAUGUAUUCGACUUAGCACUGAAGACGGAAUCUAAGUCCCGAGGGCAACUCGUGGAGUUCCUCACUUCCAUCUCACCGUCAGAAGCACCCAAAACCCGCUCACAAACAGCCACCAAGGGAAAGCGCAAACGUAGUCCCACACCACCACCUCCAGCCCAUUUAGACAUUGUUCCCAAGGAGACACCACUUCCAGAGCUAUGUGUCGACGGAAUGGAUGAAGACCAGCUAUGGACGCAACUUGACUUGCGUGCAAAAGGCAUCUGUGAUUUUCUGGAGUAUACCAUGGAGGCUGCUGGAGAACAGGAGGAGAGCGACGAGGACGAAAAUGAAUUGAAAGCGUUGAAGAAGCGGAAGAUGAUGUCGGAAGAAGGUGAGGAUAUUGAUGACAUGAGUAUGGAUGGGUUAGACGACAUAGAAGACUCGGAAGAGGAGAGUGAGGAGGAGGAUGAAGACAAAAAUGAGCUUUCAGACGAGGAAGACGAAGAAGUGGAGUCAGAAGACGACGGAGACGACGCUCACUUAGGCGAAAGCACGGUCGAGCUUCGAGACCCCUCCGACGAGGAAGACGAGGAAAGUGAUCUAGACCUUGAUCAGCAACCCUCCUUCCUGUCCGGUGGUCAACGAAAAUCGAAAUGGAAGAGGAAGGCUGCCAGUCAUCCCGAGCUCGACGAUGGUUUUUUCGACCUUGCUGCUUUCAAUGCUGAGACUGAGGAGGCAGAAGCUCGAGCAUCGUCCAGGGGGAAGCUCAGUAGGGACGAUGAUUCUGACGAGGAAGAUGAGGAGGACGCGAGUAUCGAUUACUUCGCACAGGUUGACGAUGACGUCGAGGAGGAGGAUGCCGGAAUUUUCUACCAAGACCUCUUCGAACCACCAUCACGUUCUGUUAGCAAACCAAAGCCGAAGCCUAAACCAACAGGUCAGGUCCGCUUCCACGAAGAAGUACUUGUCAGGAAGAUCAAGCCCAAGGGCAAAGGCUUACCCGUGAACACUCAAUUUACAAUCGAAGAAGAGGAUGACGAAGAAGGUGAGGACGGUGAAUGGGAAGAGGACGAUGAGGGUAUGUCCGAUGGCAUCAGUGAAGAGUUGGAAGAAGAGGAGGGGUCUGAGUUUGACGGCGAAUCGGAAGAUGACCAAGAUGAAGGCUUCAAGAGCCGAGACACCAUCGCUAGAUUGAAGGGCGAUUUAUUCGCUGAAGAAGAUGAGGAACCCGAAUCAGAUUUGACGACGUAUCAGAAGCGAAUGGCAUCCCUACAGGAGGAGAUCGCCCAACUCGAAGCUGAGAACGUUGCCAAGAAACAUUGGACGCUCAUGGGUGAAGCAACUUCACGUUCACGACCUCAGAAUGCACUUCUUGAGGAAGAUCUCGAAUUCGAACGCGUCAUGAAGUCUGUUCCCGUCAUUACCGAAGAGACCGUUCAAGGCCUCGAAGAGCGCAUUAAGGCUCGUAUACUGGAAAGUCGCUUUGACGAUGUUGUUCGCAAGAGAGCUGUCGAUGACAAGCCUUUCCUUCCCUCAAAGUUUUUCGAGUUGCAGGAUACGAAGUCCAAGCAGUCUCUGGCCGAGAUCUAUGAAGGCGAGUAUACUGCUGCUCAAACUGGUGGUGUCACUGGUGAAGACCGCGAUGGUAAGCUGGCGAAGGAACACAAGGAAAUUGAAAAGCUGUGGGAGAACAUUUGUUCCAAGUUGGAUGCCCUCUCCAAUGCACAUUUCACACCCAAAGCACCUAAAGCAAUUAUCUCUACCGUAUCCAACGUAUCCGCUGCGACUAUGGAGUCCGCCCUUCCUACCACUAUGGCUACCAACACCAUGCUGGCUCCUGAAGAAGUCUAUGCCCCGUCGCCCAAGGAUCUGGUGGCCCGCAGCGAGCUUACGCCAGCACAAAAGCGCGCACUGCAUAAUAAGCAGAAGAAGACCAAAAAGAAGGCUCGCCAGACUCUGGAGAACAGCGUUGACAAGUACUCGAAGGUCAAAGGCAUUAAGGGCAUUAAGAUGCAGAAAAAUGCUGCGUUAAAGAGCCUGGUCAAGACCGGCAAGGGUAUCACUGUCGUUGGCAAAAAGGGCCAAGAUUCGGGGUCCAAAGCGAAACGAAAAAGCACUUGAUGAGUAACUGUCGAGUGUCUUUCCUUGCUCUAUAUCGUGUAUAUCACUCUUGGUUUUGGCCUACCUUCCCCGCCUUGUAAGGUUGGGGGUUUAAUGCGGAUGCCGCAAGCGAGGUCCGUCUCACCUUCUCAGCUACGCAAGUUUUGUCUUCCUCGCCCGAACUCCUCUUGAUUUUCAAUUCGUGUGGUAAUGCUACCUUGAGGAAAUAAGCAGGAUGAAUUCAGGAUCGUUUGUUAGUCUCGCGAUACGGCUUGUGGGCUCAAACAUUGCCAAAGACCGAUUCACAUUCUCUAUUGGAGUAUUUGGUCGCAUACUUAGAUUAUGCCAAAAGCGACUGUGUACAUAGUGUGUACUGGUCGCGUCUUCUAACGUUUUAACGUUUUAACUUCAUCGAGCCCG